CUGCUCAUCAAUGGCCUUUUCUUUGUCAUUUGGGUUGUAAUGACAUGCAAUGCGAGUGAGAGCAAUGGGGACUCUGCAGGGGUGACGGAUCGGAGGAGAACUCACGGACUGCUCGAGAACAGAAUCCUCAUGACCAGCACAAUAGAAUUCACAACCCGAGGCGCAAGAGGCCUUCAAAAGCUCUUAAGCCCUUCUUCUCCUCCUCCUCCACAUCCGACCUCCAUGGCUUCCAAGACCACGACCUGGCUCUUCCUCAUCGUCUCCAUGGCGUUGCCGCAGGCAUUCGCAUGCGACUCGUGCUCCCAACCGUCGCUCCCUUGGCCUCCUGCGCUGAGGAGACCGCCGAGGGUGCUGCCACCGGUGGAAGGUGGCGGUGGCCUUCCAGGGGCCUCGCCUCCGGCCACGUGCUCGUUGGAUCAUCUCAAGCUGGGGCUGUGCCUCGACGUGCUGGGAGGCCUGGUGCACCUGGGCGCCGGCAACCCGGCCGAGAACGUGUGCUGCCCUGUGCUGCAUGGACUGCUGGAGCUGGAGGCUGAAGUGUGCCUUUGCACCGCCAUUAAGCUGAGGAUACUAAACCUCGACAUCUAUAUACCACUGGCACUUCAGCUGCUCAUUACCUGUGGGAAGAACCCUCCUUCUGGUUCUCUCUGUCCACUUAAUUAACUUACUAGGUUUGAUUCCAGCGUCAUGUUUUAGCACUCAGUGUUUAGGUUUACGUUUAGCUUUGGAAGUCAAUUAGCCUGUUUCACUCAUAAUGGUGUUCUUAGUUCCCAAGAUCAUAUUGGAGUUUAACUGAGCUUUUGUGCUGCA